GAGAGGUGCUGUUAAAAUCCCAAAUCUUGUUUUCCUUGCAGGAGCUGUCCCAGCUGCAAACGGUAGUUGUCAAUAGUAAUAUCAUCGUGUCCAUGGACAACCGUAGAGAACUGAACAUGGAUGGCAUCAUCGAAGAAGUCAGGCAGGAGUACGAGAUGAUUGCUCAAAGAAGCAAAGAUGAAGUAGAUGCCAUGUAUCAGGGCAGGUACCAGGAUCUUCAGAAUGUGUGGGUAAAUCAACGUGAGCAACUGAAGACCAGUUAUAAGGAAAUCCAGGAACUUACCAGGCAGAUCCAAAGACUACAACCAGAAAUUGAAAUUGCAAGGAAAAAGAACACCAGCCUCCAAGAAACCAUUAAAGAUGCUGAGCAGCGUGGGAGCUCUGCGGUCAAGGAUGGCCAGAAAAAGCUUCAGGAGUUGGAAAAUGCCCUGCAGCAAGCCAAAGACAAUCUGGCUCACCUUCUUCGUGAUUAUCAGGAGCUCCUGAAUGUGAAAUUGUCCCUGGAUAUUGAAAUUGCUGUGUAUAGAUCACUUCUUGAGGAGGAGGAGACCAGGUAG